UAAUGGAAAAAGGAGAAAAGACAGUCAUUCAUGAAAGUCGAAACGCUUAGCGGCCAACAGGAAUGGGCCGUUAAUUAGCUUUGUCAUCGCGAAGGAAAUGUCUGAAGAGAGUAUCGGAUUCAUAAAGUUGUAAAGGAAGGUGGCUCUUCCAAGAGCUUAUUAAUUCCUUGACUUCUUCUGCUGGAGAAGCAUAGAUCUAAGUGGCACUCCAAUCAAAGAAAAUGGGGAGGAGCAAGGGCCUGGACACUCCCAACUUCCAGAAAUACGGCGUCCCGUUCUAUUCGGCCGCUUGGGUUCCUUUUAAGAGCAUAAGAUUCGAGCACGAAUCCCAAGGCCAGGAGGAAGACCGCAACCAAUCCAGCGAUCAAAUUUCCAGAGCCGACGGAUCUUCUCUGGCUCCGGAGCCCUCCGCCGAUUAUAACUACAUCGCGUUCGCCGGUGGUGGCGGCGAGGGUCGGAGUGGAAUCCCGAACGCCGUUGUUCUCGCCCGAUUCGACUACACAUCUAACGUUCUCUCCAAUCAGCCUGUGGCUAAGCUUGGAACUGACUCUGAUUUGCCUUAUAGAAUGGGGGUUCAUCCUGGUCGAGAUGGCCUCAUUUGUUCAAUGCCUAAGAGUUGCAGAUGGUUUGAAUGGGAAGUAGAAAAGAGUGAGGAAGUUCAUAAAUUGGGUUUGAAGCUGUCUGGUAAAGUGCUUACCCAGUUGGAAGAUGUUGGACAGCAAUUAGCAUUAGUGUUUAACAAGGAGGGUUCUGCGCUUGCUGCUGGUGGCCAGGAUGGAAAUUUGAGGGUCUUCAAGUGGCCUAGCAUGGAAAUUACUCUCAAUGAGGCUGGCGCUCAUACCACUUUGAAGGACUUAGACUUCAGCCCUGAUGGGAAAUAUCUUGUCUCCUUAGGAAAUAGCGGCCCUGCUAGGGUUUGGGGUGUGACUUCCUCAACAGUCAUAGCUUCACUUCCAAAGGAAAAUGAUGAGGUUUUUAGCUCAUGUAAAUUUUCUGAGAGUAGUGAUAAGAAUCAGGUCCUAUAUAUUGCUGCAGUGACAGGUAAAGGUGGGAGCAUCGUGACUUGGAAUCCAGCCACGUGGAAGAGGAUGGGAUCCAAGUCUGUUGCUCGGGACACAAUUUCUGCCUUCAAUGUUUCACCAGAUGGAAAGUUCCUUGCCUGCGGGACAAUUCAAGGAGACAUUUUGAUUUUAAAUUCAACCAGUAUGCGGGUUCAGACAAUGGUUAGGAAAGCUCACCUUGGCUUUGUAACUGCCCUGGCAUUCUCUCAUGACUCAAGGGCUUUGGCUUCUGUAUCCCUGGACUCAAGUGCGAGGGUGACACUUAUUGAGGAGAGGAAGAAAACGGGUUCAACAAGAAGUUGGGUUGGGCCAGUUGACCGUCUUGAUGGAUGGAUGGAGCCUGUAAUCCCUUCCACGUGUCUGAUAAUCUAUUGUUGAGCCGGGUUUCACUCCACUUGAUCUUCUUGCAGGUGGAAUGAGCUUAUGGGUCAUUGUGUUCGUCAUUCUACUCGCCGUUGCUGUAUAUUUUAUGAAGAAUGAAGGAAUCCUUAGCUAGAAGUUGCUGUUUUAUUCUGUUUGAAUGAGAUUUGUACUAGAACUCCAAAAUUGUACCGAUUGUCAAUAAGCAGUUUUGGCCCUUGUUUGAAAUUCAUGUAUGUUUCUUGAAAGAAUCCCCCCCUUGAUUAGCAAAAUGGUCUUCCAUUUUUGUAUUUUAAAAUGAAUGUACCUCUACUUUCUUUUAAUGACCUUUUCCCACACAUCUUGAGAUA